CAGAUUGCUGCCCAUUUGUCCAUGAGCAAGUGCUUUAAGAGACUAUUCUGCUGCAGAAAAUGCUGAUUUCUGUGGUUCUAAUUACAUUAGGCAUCUUGGUUGUAUUGUGUGAAGGAUCUAUACUGACGGUGGUUGAACUAGUUGGGGAUAUGGUUACUUUACCCUGUGAAUAUGAUGUCAGUACUUAUGGUAUAUCAAAUGUUUGUUGGGGAAGAGAUCAAACCUGGUUCAACUGUGAACAUACACUCAUCGCUACUGAUGGGCUGACGGUCAACUACAGACAGUCAAAGAGAUACAGUUUACCUAAUAAACUCCAGCAUGGAGAUGUUUCACUUACCAUCAAGAAUGCACAAAAUGCAGACACGGGAUUUUAUGUAUGUCGUAUUGAGAUACCAGGACUAUUCAAUGACCUUAGCUACAGUUUUUACCUCAUCAUUACAAAUGGAUUCGACGCAAUCAACAUCACAAAUUUUCUCCCGACUUCUGCAGAAAAACACACACAAGAAAUCACUGUCAACUCAGGAUACAGUUCAGCUGUACAGAAGGCAGACUCUGAGGGUAGAGUGGAAACAUUUAUCUUGACUGUAGUGAGAGUGGGAGCCAUUAUAUUCAUCCCUGGUUUAAUCUUUGCACUUAUAUGGAAGCUGCGACGCUUCAGAAAACGUGAAGAUAGCAGUGAAAUGGAAAAUACCCCCGACACGACCACAGCAGAAGCAUCCCCCAUCCACACACGCCUGUAGCACAAGUGUGUACUCAUUAAAUAUGAUGUGCUUCAGUGAAAUAUCACACCAUUAUGACGUACAUGAAAUAUAUUUCAUUCCGAAAAGCUAAUCAUCUAGACCUGCCUGUUUCUUCUUUCAUUCUAAUGUGAGGGACUUUAACAUGUCACCAGUUUAAAUAACAUUUAACAUUAAUCUAUACUUUACACAUAUUCAGUUUCUAAUGAAACCAUUCCUUCAGUUUAGUUUUGCUAUGACUUCAUAUGUAGAAGAACCUCUGUCUGUAAUAUGCACUAGAUCUUUUUUAUUAUUAUUUUGACACAUUUCUGUUGGUUGGAUGGUAUAUUACAGUCUUGUGCUAGGUUUCAGCAAACAGCUUUAUCAACCGGGUUCUUAAUAGUCUUUCACUUCUCUCCCAUGUGCUCUUAAAUUGUACCCUCAAGGUUUAUGUAUUUCGAUUCCCACCUGC